AUGUCUAGUGGUCGAUAUAUAAGUUCAAAUGGUUUGUUACAUCUUCAGUAUGUGAACAGGUUUGUGUCAGGAAGGUACAUAUGUACAGCAAGAAAUACAGCCAUUGAGUAUGCACAAUCUUCGGAUACUGUUGUCAUGGUUAAUGUUGAAUAUCCCGCAUUAAUUAGGUCGUUCUAUGUAGAAGGACGUGAAGGGGAAAUAUAUACUAUUGCUGAAGAGCAUGCUGAUAUACAAUUUACGUGUGCUCCCCGCCCACAGCGACAGUUAAAACAUAAUAUUACAAGUUCUUUGAACGUUCCUGUUAGACUCAGUUUUACAGCCAUAGCCUACCCAGAACCAGGUCCUACAGGAUUUUUAUGGCACAAAGAAGAAGCUAGGAGAUGGAUACCGUUAUUGAGUAAUGACGAUUUACAGAUAUCUUCUUCGGGAUUACAAACAAAUCUUACGAUUCUAAAUGUAUCACAGCAAAACUUUGGACAGUAUCGACUAACAGUUAUGAAUGACAUUGGAAAGUAUGAGCAGUAUAUGUUUCUUGAAGAAAAGGAUUCCCAUGAACAACAUCUCAAAGAUUACUCAAACACCACUGCAGUGAUCGUUGGAGUUUCUCUUGGUAUUGUUUCAGGCGCCCUUGCAGUAUACUCUAUUUGCCUUACCAUUUGGGUUAAAAGAAAUUAUGCACUUAAAGGCGGAACCAAGUACGAAAAAAGAAGAAAAAGACAGACGUAUACCAAUGAGGUUCCGCUCGAGGACACAAAAGCUAAAGAAACCAGUCGGGAGGCAAAAGAUAUCAAUGAUCCACAAUACACAAGUUUAGAUGAUGCCUUUAAGGACAGAAAUGUCACCUAUGAAAAACUUGGGGCGACACAAACAUAACAAAACUGAACUCAAUGCAUGCUCAGUGGUUAAUCGAGACACAUAAGCAAUUACACCCUAAUUGUCUACUUUUAUUUUCUCGUGAAAUAAACGCACACAGAUUCUUACUUUCAAAACGGUUUUUGAGCCAACGUCUAUCUGAAGAGAAAUUUUUUAAAUUAUAUGCAUAGGUAUUUUGUGUCUAUUGGUUAUAUCUGUGAAAUAGUUUUGAACAAAUGAUACAAGAGAGAGUACAAACACUCUAACGAAUCAGACAGAACAGCAGGAACGAACUGUACUUCAUGUAUCAAUUGUAUGCGGUUUUGUAUCAUACUAUCUUAGAACGUUCAAAAUAACAAAAGAUUGUGUAGUAUUACACAGAAAACCUUCUCGUGACAACUUACGUUAUAUCGUCAGAUCGAAACACAGCCUUAUUUAAACAUAGUGGUAUAGCAUUCAUAUUUUUCGGCGAAUGCCGUUAUAAGAACGAAUUCGUGACCUUGAUCGACCUAUGCCACGUGACUUCAGUUUGCAAAUCAAACUACUUGAUAACGCAUUAUAGAUAAUUUAUCAAAAUGAAAGAUUUAUGCAACACUCUGCCUGACUGGACGAGAGUGUCAAUUUGUUUCACUCUGCUGAAUGUGCUACGCUGAGUGAAAUGUAGACAAAGCGUUUAUUCUAAACGACGCUGUUCACAGUUUUAAAGCUAACGUUCGCUCAGUAUAUUUAGCAAGAAUAUUGAUAUAUCUCAAAAUGAUAAGUAAGUUUAAUAAAUAUGAUAAAAACCUGUUCAAAUACCAACAUAUAUCAAAUUAAAGAAAGAGCUGAAUACGGUCUGUGUAUCACAUGAAUAAGGGUGUGAUAAGAGUCUUCUGUGUAGAGAAGUGCUUUUUAAAAGAUUUUCCUUAUUACAAUUGUCGUCUGUAUAUGAAAAGGUUUCUUGCUUUUGUGACUUAUUCAGAUUGCAUAUUAAAAUGAGUACUUGUUUGCUUUGAUACAUUUGACGUUAUAAAUUAUUUAACUGAUUUAUUACAUAGGAAUAUUUUUCUUUAGUAUGGUAUGCAAAUAUUAAACUCAGUUGAAAUCUUUUUUAUUAUGUAUAUGCUAUAUAAUGACUGAAUCUCAUAACAUUGAAAUGAUGGUACGCUGUAUACAGUUUAUCUACGUAACUUUGGUUAUGAAACAGAAGUAUUGAAAUAAUUACAGUUGUAUGUGUCCCUUGACCUUCACUUUUUUAUAGGUGUGACGUCAUUGUCCAAAAAUUCAUGAAUAGCGAAUAUGCAUUUGUAAAGCGGGAUCAGUUGGCCUAUUUUAGAAAUAAAUAAAAAUAAUAAAUAAAAAAAUCCUUUAAUUGAUUUUUUCUAAUGUAUUCUAAGUUAAAAAUAAAAAAAUCCUUUGAUUUUUUCUCAUGUAUUGUCAUCAAACUUGAUUUGUAGCAUCUUUAUUAGGCUAGCAGCCAACUUUGUUC